AUGCCCUUGCGCCAUCAAAUCCUCCUUCGACCGCCCGCACCCGCGAAAGCAUCCCGCCGCCCGCACCGGCUUGCCCUGACUCACCACCUCCUCCUUCUCCUCGGCCCCUGCCUCUCCCCCACCAUCCACAAUUGCGCUCCAUCUCAUCUCGCCGCCGUCGCCGCCGUCAUCCUCACCGUCGCUGCGCCUGCUACACGUCUGCAGCUCAAGCAGCGAGUAGCGCUCAGAGCACCCAUCCCGCUGCGUCCCAUCAUCUCGAUCCCCUUCCUCUCCAUGACGUCGACUGCACCCCCGCCUUCCAGGGGUUACGCGCCGCUGGGCCAGCUCCCCGCCUCUAUGCGUUCCUCGCAGCCCAUGCCUGCUCCGCUCAGCCGCGUUGCGCUGGCCGCCAAGCAGAACCAGAUCCUCGCACUGCAGGCGCUCCAGGCAGCUGCCGCUUCGGCUUCCGCCUCCGCCUCCGUCUCCUCGGCAUCUUCCUCCACCGCCGGCUCUCCCCCGCCUGCCACGUCGUACCUCAAGCCCUCCGUCGGCACCGUCCAGACCGCAGGUGCCAAACGCGGCCGCAAGUUCCAAGCCUUUAGGGCGCCAGCGCUCGUUACCUCCCCGCUAGCAUCUUCGCUGCCACAUUCGUCGGCACAGAUCACAGCCAAGCUGACGCCGCUCAUCACCACCAGCGUGCCGCACUGGUCUGCCGAGGGCUCGCAUCCGCUCUUUGAUCCGUCGUCCGGCAAGCGAUCCGAGAUCUACUCUCUCACCAACGACCGCUAUCCCGGUGCGCCAGGCACUGCCCUCGCCAAGGCGCGCGAGGCCCAGCAAAAGGCUAUCCAGACGGCCAAGCGCGAAGCCGCCAAGAAGCUCGCAUCCAAGGCCGAGCUCGAGCAUCUCGGUGUCAAGGGACUCGGCAAGAAGCGCAAGAGCAGCAGCCCCUACGCCACCGUAGGUGCCACCGCCAAUGCUGCUACAGCUGUUCAGGUAGACCCGGUGUACUCGGCAAGCACAUCGCGAGCCGUUCAGGAGUACAUUGCGAGCCAAGCCAUGAGCCGCGACUCUUCCCGCAGCCGUUCCUCAGCCAAGCCCGCAGCCUCGGACAACACUCUCACGGUGCCUUCGGUCAAUCGAUCGCGUCGUCCCGCUUCGAGGGCAUCCUCGCCGGCUCCAGCAAUGGCCCAGGCGCCAUCCGCACGGCGCUCGGGCACCCGUUCGGGAUCCGCAGCUCCUUCGGAGGAAGAGGCGACACGCAACGGCCGCGGGUCUCCCUCGCGAGGAACCAGCCCGCCCGAUCAGAACAAGAGCCUGCACGGCCUGUCUUCGACGGCGCCAUUCCAGAGCAGUCCUCUCGCCGCGAGCGCAAUCACGAUGGAGCCGCUGCUUGACACCGAAGACGCCGAGCAGAACAGCACCAAACCCGAUGCAUCCCUCGCCGAGGUCUCGCCCUCGGCGGCGCGUGCUGCCUCAUCUGCCAAGCGCAAGGCUAGCGCCUUGAGCCAGGAGGUGCAAGCUGACAGUAGCGUGGAGGCCGCAGCAGCCGAUGCGCUGGACGAGACGACCAAGCGGCUCAAGCGCGAUGGCGACGAAACAAGCGUCGAUCCAGCCGGACACGAGGCACCUGCGCGUCACGUCAAGGAAGGAUCGCCCUCGUCAGUCUCGUCCAGCCGCCGCACUUCGCCCAGGAUGUCGUCGCGCCGCAUCGUCGCCGAAGCUGCUUGA